AUGGCAGUGUAUAGUAACAAUAUUGAAUGUAUUGGUUUAACAAAUCAAAGAGAAACGUUAAUUACGUGGGAUAGUUUAACUGGUUGUCCUUUAUAUCCAGCUAUUGUUUGGAGUGAUGCACGUACAGUUGAAACUGUUGAACAAUUAUCGAAAAAGACCAAAAAAGGUGUAAAUGUUUUAAAAGAUAUAUGUGGUUUACCUCUUGCCACUUAUUUUUCGGCUGUAAAAUUAAGAUGGCUUCUAGACAAUAUUCCUGUUGUAUCACAAGCUCAAAAAGAAAAUAGACUUCAUAUCGGUACAGUUGAUACUUGGUUGAUUUACAACCUUACUGGUGGAUUAGAUCAUGGUGGAGUAAUUAUAACUGAUGUAACAAAUGCUAGUAGGACAAUGUUGAUGGAUAUUAAAACUUUAAACUGGAGUCAAAAAUCGAUUGACUUUUUCGAAUUUGAUCAAGUUUUAUUACCAAGAAUUGUUUCCUCAUCUGAAAUUUAUGGAUAUAUGUGUGAGGGUUCACUUAAAGGUGUACCCAUCGCAGGUUGUUUAGGUGAUCAACAAGCAGCCCUUGUUGGACAAAAAUGUUUUCAAGUUGGUGACGCCAAAAAUACCUAUGGUACAGGCUGCUUCAUGUUGUUCAACACAGGAAAUAAGAUAGUACAAUCAGAUAAUGGAUUGUUAACUACAGUUGCCUAUAAAUUUGGUGAUCGUGAAUCUGUCUAUGCAUUAGAAGGGUCAGUCGCAGUUGCUGGUUCAUCCAUCAAUUGGCUUCGAGAUAAUCUUUGUGUUAUAAAUGAUGUAGUUGAGUUGAAUUUAUUAGCAUCUAGUGUAAAGAAUACCGCUGGUGUCUAUUUUGUUACUGCCUUUGCUGGUCUAUUUGCUCCUUAUUGGAGGUCAGAUGCUCGUGGCACACUCUGUGGUAUCACGCAUUAUACUAAGCUUGAACAUAUCUGUCGUGCUAUAUUGGAGGCAGUAUGUUAUCAGACUCGUGCUAUUUUAGAGGUGAUGAAUAAAGAGGCUCAAUCACCUCUUCGUUCUUUGAAAGUAGAUGGAGGCAUGUCUAACUCAGAUCUUUGUAUGCAAAUUCAAGCAGAUGUAUUAGGUAUUCAAGUAGAUAGACCUCUUAUGAGAGAAAUGACUGCACUUGGUUCAGCCAUCGCAGCUGGUUUCGCUGUAGGUAUUUGGAAAUCAUUUGAUGAACUAUCUAAAGUUAACCAAGAAGGUAAAACUCAUUUUAUUCCAACUAUAUCAGAAGAAAGACGUAAAAAAAUGUAUAAGGGUUGGGAACAAGCUGUUAAACGUUCCUUUGGUUGGGCAACUGUUGCUCCUAUAAUCAAUACCCAUGAACUCUAA